UAUCACAAUAUGUAAGUUUUUAAAUUAUAUGUGUCAUUCUAAGAAAGUUUAAGAAGCAGAAUGAACCUUUUCUCAGUUAUAAAUUAAACUAAUUUCUGAACUGACAAAUUAAAACAAAUCAAACCCCAGAGCACCAUUUUCAUAAGCCGAGCAGAGUCUAAAACUCUGAACCGAUCAGAAACAUUGCCACAGUUUCUUGAAUAUUACCAAAGGUAGCCGCCAGAACUAAUUCAGAUCACCAUGUUGAUGUAUAAGUAUAUCUAUUCAGCUUCAUCGGAUUGCCCACCAGGUGUUUGAUGUUUUAUCCAAGUGAAAACUGAGUGCUCUAACAUGACAUUAGCAAUCUUGAAAAAAACCACUAAUCUCACGUCGUUACUGAGCUCUCAUAUUAUCUACCGGUCACGUAAUUUCUGCUCAAAAACUUCAGCUUCCAUUGCUAAUAGAAUUAUCUCAGCAACAAAAACAUUUCACCCUGCCGGAAACUCUAGUAAUAUUCACCUUUCUCCGUUGUUCAGCAAUGAAAAACAGUCAUAUAAUGGCUAUAAUAUUGAGCUUCUGGACGAUGAAACUUGGCAGGUUAAAUCAGGUUUAACCCGUCUGUGGAACGCGUCGGCGAAUACGGGAGAAGCCAAUUCUGCUACUGCAUCAGCAUUUGAUGAGCAGGGUGAGGGUAAUGCAGCAUUACAGAAUGAUUCUGAGCUUGAUGAGAUUGAUAAUAUGAGAAUUCGAGGUAAUCUUUUCUAUAAGCUUGAUAAGAAUUCCAAGGAGUUUGAAGAGUAUAAUCUUGAUUUUCAUAAGAAGAAACAAUCAAAGAAGAGUGGCAAUCUUAAAGAAAGCAAAAAGAACGAAAACCCGAAAGCUGAAAAGCCUCCGAAGAUAGUGGUGAAUGAAAAGAUUUAUUCUUUAAAUCUUGAUUUUGUGGAUGGUGUUAAGAGUGUUGAGAAAAAGAAAGUUAGAACGCCGACUUUCAAUCAGCUUACGGGUCCUUACCAUGAGCCAUUUUGUUUGGAUAUUUUCAUAUCGAAAGGUUCUGUUCGCGCCUGCGUCAUUCACAGAGUUACGAGCAAGGUUGUGGCUGUGGCGCAUUCCAUAUCAAAAGAUUUGAAAUUUGAUCUUUCUUCGACGAAGAAUGCAGCUGCUUGUGCUGCUGUUGGAGCAAUUCUUGCACAGAGAGCACUUGCUGAUGAUAUUCAUGAUAUAGUUUAUACGCCAAGGAAAAGAGAGAAAUUGGAAGGUAAGCUUCAGAUUGUGCUUCAGUCUAUUAUUGAUAACGGCAUUAAUGUGAAAGUGAAACUUAAGCAAAGGAAACAUCAAAGGGCUAGAAUCUAAAACGAGUGUUUAGAGCACUGUUGCCUGGUUGGUUAGUCAAGUUGAGUGAUGGGUUGAGUUGCAUGGUUGGUUAGUCAAGUUGGGUGAUGGGUUGAGUUGCAAUGGAAUUACAGUUGUGCGUGCUGAGAAGAUGACUUACAUGUAAAGCAUUGCAAGCUCUCAUUCGUAUGCUUGGGAUAACAAGAAGCAUUAGAGCAAGUAGUUUAUUGUAUGAUGUAGUAAGCAAAGAUGGCCUUCUAUGUAGCACGAACACAGAUGCAGGAAAAACAAGACAUUUGUACGGACACAGCAAAAUAGUGUUAUUUUAAGAUUUCCUAUGUUAAACAUGAAGUUUUGUAUCUGAAACGCCAGGUUUCUGACACGAUUUGGAAACGAAAAACGUUGAUUGAUGAAGUGUUUGUGCUACUUAGAGGGCAUUGUAAUAAUUAUUGUCCUGUGUAAUUGUUCAUAGAUGCCUAAUAUUACUUAUUUAAGACUUCCAUUUCUUCUCAAUGAUUUAUUGUUUAAAGUCUGAUUAAUCUUGUUGGACAUCA